AUGGGCAGCAAAGACAGCUGGUCAAAGGACGAUCGAGAAGAGAAUAACAACAAUACUCUGGAUGAGUUUGACGACGAAGAGGUCGCUCAGGCCUUAGAUCUGCAUCGCCUGAUUGUCACCACACCGAUCGACGAACCCCCUCCACAGACCGCCGAACAGGUGAUCGAAGAAAUAGAUGAAAUAAUGCAGGUGACUGUUUGCGGCGAAUCGGUUUGCUGUGUCGUUUAA